AUGCUCAACAUACCAAGGCGCCUGCGCAAGCGCCUCCUUCAAAUUGCACUCCUAGGGUUCGUCUUUUUAAGCAUAGCAUACAUUGUACUGCCGCCAGAUUCUUCGAUUCGCUUGGCGCUGCGCUUCAACGCGGCCCGCGCGUCGGCCGCCGUGCGCACAGCAACUGAGGACAGGGACGCCUGGUUGCGGCUGCCGGCGCGGUAUGAGCUCGACCUGCGCGAGGACGUGGGAUACCUGAUCAAGACGGGCUACGGAACCAGGCACCGCGUGCCGUUGCAGCUGGCCGCGCUGCAAGGGAGCUACGGCGGCGGCCUGCUGGGCAAGGAGGGCAAGGACUACAUCGUGGUGGGUGACUGGACGACUGUGGACGACAAGGAUGCCAAAAAGAUUGGCGUGCCGGUGCACAAUGUGCUCCAGACGGUGCGGGAGUAUGGCGACGGGGACUGGAGGGCGCAUCAUAGGUUCAAAAAGUACCAGACGCUACAAAGUGCUAUUGUGGCGGGCGAUGAGGAGACGGCGCUGGAAAUUGGACGCAGUGUGGGCUGGGAGCUGGAUGCGCUCAAGUUUGCGCCGGGCAUGGAGCUCAUGUAUAAGACGAUGCCUAACAAAAAAUGGUAUCUCAUUUUGGACGACGACACCUUUGUGAUCAAGUCGACGCUGAACCUGUUCUUGUCCCACCUGAACCCUGACAAUGCCCAUUACAUCGGCAAUGCCGUGGGCGACUUCCGCGGCCGGUUUGCGCACGGCGGAUCGGCCAUAAUCAUAUCCGGCGAGGCCAUGCGGCGCCUUUUUCGCCGCAAGGACGUCGUGCGGCAGGCGUACCUCGAGUCGCUGGACGAGAAAUGGGGCGAUAAGCUGGUGGCGACGACGUUUCUCAAGCUCGGCAUCUACCUGGAAGAGCGGUACGCGCACCACUUCAACGGCGAGUCGCCCGAGGAGACGCGCGUCACGUACGAUAAGUACUGCGCGCCGAUUCUGUCGUUUCACUCGCUGCGGACCGAGGCGGCGACGACGCGGGUGAGCAGGGUGGCGGGCGCGGCCACGAAGCCGGUGCGCUGGGGCGAGCUCAUGGAGCUGUUCCGGCCGGCGGCGGGAGCGACGGCAGGCCGGGACCACGUCGGCCCGGCGGGCGCGGACAAGCAGAUCAAGACGUGGGGCAUGGUGAAGAAGGCGGCGGACUGCGAGCGCAAGUGCGAGGUUGAGAAUGGCAAGUGGUGCCUGGCGUGGACGUAUGACAAGCGCAAGGAAACAUGCAACGCGAGUCCGUGGAUGGUGCCGGGGGCAGGUGGCGCAGACGGCAAGGAGUCGGGGGUUAAUAAAGACGCCCUGAAGCGAAUGCAGGCCCGUUGCCGUUGA